AUGAAUAUAAUGCUCAUCUUUAUAUUAAUUGGGGCAGUACUUGGUGAUUCCGAAUCUGGAACGACUGAGACUAAGACGGAUAUUUGUAAGAUGAAACCCCCAGUAGAGAAUGGCCGUGCAAUUAUUGCCGGUUGGUUUUACAAUCACAGCAUUGACUUCUGUCAGUACUAUGAGUUUGGUGGCAGACGCACCGAAAACCGAAAAGCCAACAGAUUUUUGUCUUUAUCAGAAUGCAGCAAAACGUGCAGGAGUCACGUUCCAAGUUUUUGCUUUGAAACCCCAAAGGAAACCGCUGUCAAAGCGAAAAAUCACAAGUGGACUUACAAUUCACAUCGAGGGAGAUGUGUCAAGUUAUACUGGGAAACGGAAAGAACCGAAGAUUCAAAUGUGUUUGAGAGGGAAGGCGAUUGUUUAGAUAUAUGCAGAGAUCCCGACUACGGUCCUUGCGCACAGCUACCCAGUGAACAUGGAUGCACGCACAAAGACACCAGCUAUUAUCGAUUCAAUCGAACUACCCAAAGUUGCUAUCUUGAUAAAUCACUAAAAUGCGAAGGAGGAAAGAACGCAUUCCUAACCCUCAAUGCCUGCUACGGACGCUGUGGAAGAUUUGUAAAGAACAAAUGCAAGCUGCCCAUACAGGACCUCGGCAUGUGUAGCCAAUAUGGAAAUCGCUAUUUUUUCGACCGAAAGGAAAAAAAGUGCAAGACCUAUUUUGGUUGCGAUUAUCACGGCAUCGGAUUCUACAACCAAAGCGAGUGCUACAACACAUGCGAGGUCGACAAAAUAUGCGCCCCAGAUCCUGAGUUGCGCCAUUGCAAAGAAACAGUUGUGGUAUAUAAUCGGUUUAAUCUGUGCCAGAAUAAGUGCGUCUUGGAUAACAAACACAUAUGCCCUUGA